AUGGAGGACUUAUUGGGAUUUUUCUCAACUAUCGAUCAGUGUUCGUGUUCGUCGACAACCCUGGCGUUGAGUCAAGGCUUCAGAUUGAAAAGGGUUUCGGAGGAUUCUCACCAUUCCUAUAAGACGGAUCAAUCACGUGAAAGCCGAAAUUCUGAUUGCACGAGUGGGCUGGAGUGUUUGCUAGACGUAAUCAGGGCCCUCAGGGUAAAGAAACAUGGCAACAAUUUCUGGUACAAGAACCAAAAUGUUUCAAAUCUGAUGUUGAAAAGAAAAACUCAAAGACGCAUGGAAAAUCAAAUGAGUCACCACUACCAAUACAAGCAAACAACAUCCCUGAACAGUAAGAUAGCAAAAAAGAAGGAAGUUCAUAUUAUACUCACCCGAGCAGGAAGCAGCUGCAGCAGGAGAUCCCUCCAUGGUUCUUCCCCUCGAGUUCCUGGCCCUGGUGGCGGUGUCAGGCGGAGGAGGAGCUCCAAGAGGAGAUCGAGGUCUCAGAGUUCUUCCUUCGAUUUUAACGGGGAUGAGUUGUCGCUCCACAGGAUCCCGGGAAGAAUGUUCUUGAAUGGAUCGAUGGACGCUGCUUGCCUUUUCUCUCAGCAGGGCAAGAAAGGUCUCAAUCAGGACGCCAUGAUUUUCUGGGAGAAUUUUGGAUCUAUUCCAGACACGGUUUUUUGUGGUGUCUUUGAUGGCCAUGGACCCUAUGGUCACAUUGUUGCAAAGAGAGUGAGGGAUUUGCUUCCGCUCAAAUUAAGCUCUCUCUUGGAGGCCUAUGUGUCCCUUGAGGAUGUCCUUAAAGAGAUCAACCUCAAUACUGCUGAUAGCAAGAAUUCAGAAGACCUUGCUGGUGGUGGAGAAAACCGGGUUUCGAUUCAGGAUCUCGAGAAGUGCCCGGAUAUGCUUCAAUCAUUAAAAGCCACACUUCUUAAAGCCUUCAAAUUCAUGGACAGGGAACUGAAGAUGCAAAGGGAUGUUGAUUGUUUCUGCAGUGGGACGACUGCAGUAACCUUAGUCAAGCAGGGUCAACAUCUUGUUGUCGGGAAUAUCGGGGAUUCAAGAGCUGUAUUAGGAAUGAGGAAUGACGAUAACACUCUUGUUGCCAUUCAGUUAACUGUGGAUCUCAAACCUGAUGUUCCUGCCGAGGCAGAGAGAAUAAGGAAAUGCAGAGGGCGUGUAUUUGCUCACGAGGAUGAACCAGGGGUUGCCCGUCUAUGGCUGCCGAAUCAUAAUUCACCUGGUCUUGCCAUGGCACGUGCCUUUGGAGAUUUUUGCCUCAAAGACUUUGGUCUAAUCUCAGUGCCUGAGGUUUCCCAUCGACACCUCACCGAAAAGGAUGAGUUUGUUGUCCUGGCUACUGAUGGGAUUUGGGAUGCUCUGUCCAAUGAAGAGGUCGUGGAGAUUGUAGCUGCGGCCCCAACUCGUUCCUCAGCAGGCCGAGCCGUGGUUGAGGCCGCAGUCCGAACAUGGAAAUGGAAGUUUCCGACUUCAAAGGUCGACGACUGCGCAGUGGUCUGCCUCUUCCUGGACUCGGAACCAAACAAAUUAUCAACAGCUUCCUCAUCAUCAGAUGACAAAGACAUCAACAAAGGUGGGUCUGAAUCAGGCAAAAACGACAAGGAAGUCGUUACAUCAGAAGAAAGCGAGCAAGAAACGUUGCUUACUCCCGAGACUGCAUCAACCUCGGACUCGGGAACUGACUGGUCUACCCUCGAAGGCGUCUCGAGAGUCAAUACACUCGUGAAUCUCCCGAGAUAGAUAAUUACAGAGGAGACUUUGAGGUAGACUCUAUGAGAAGUGAAAAGAGAUUAAGUCCACUUUGUGCCCCAUGCUUUUUUGUCAGCAAAGACGGUAACUUUUGCUACACUUAAUUGGAUUAGUCGCAGCUAUGUUAGUGUUUCAUGAAGCAGAAGAAAUCUAUGCAGAUUCUCUUUGUAAAUAAAAUAAGCCUGUAGAUAAUUUUUGGUAAGUAUAAACUCUUGAGUAAUGUUUAUGAGGUUUAGUUUCUUUUA